UACAGGAGGAUCCGCCUGUGACCGCCCCGUCGCGGCCUUAAACCCUUCCCUUCUCGGAGCCGCCAUCAGACCGCGCUGCGGGCGGCGGGGUGGAGGAGGAGGUGGAGGCGGAGGCGGAGAGCAGUCGGGGAGAGGAUGGUGAUGCUUUGUUUUCUGAGCAGAACACUGCAACUAGCAAGACAUUCAUCACUGUGGAGACAGCUCUGUUCAGCCAGUGCAAAUAAACCAGUGUUGACUUUAUUCACCAAGAAACUAUGCCCACUAUGUGAUGAAGCAAAAGAAGUGCUUGAGCCAUAUAAGAGAAGGUUUAUUUUUCAGGAGGUGGAUAUUACACUUCCAGAGAACGUGUCAUGGUAUGAUAAAUACAAGUAUGACAUACCUGUUUUUCAUUUAAAUGGAAAGUUCCUAAUGAAGCAUCGAGUAGACAUUCAAAAGUUUGAGGACCAGCUUAUGAAGCUGGAGUUGGAAAAUGAUCAAAACCAAUGAAGAAAACGCAGCUACUAUCAUGCAGAUCCAAAAGGACUGUACAAUGUAAACUGUGUGAUAAAGCAGUAUUCACUAUCUGGCCUUCAUUUCUAAGAACAUAUGGUACCAGUGUCCUAAAAAAUUCCAGGAACUUGUAUUACAUAUUGUAUUAAUCAUCCAGCCCAGUUGUGCCAGUAGCUAUCUCCUUUGUAUCUUUCAUUUGCUGCUAUCCUAGGCUGCCUUUUAACACAAUAAAUGAUGUUCUGUAACAGCAGAUAAAGUGAUACGUCUUUGUACUGGGUUUUCAUGGGUUUGUACUACGUUUUGGUAGCAGGAUGCUACAGGGAUGGCUUCUCUGAGAAGUUGCAAGCUUCCCUUGUGCCUGACAGAGCCAACUCCCAAGACAGACCCACUACUGGCCAAGGCAAGCGCAUCAGUGGUGGUGGUAACACCUCUGGGAUAACAUAUUUAAGAGAAAAAACUACUGGGCAGUAGCAGCAGGAGAGAGGAGUAAGAAUAUGUGAGAAUAACAACUCUGCAGACACCAAGGUCAGUGAGAUAGGAUGGUAAAGUGCUCCAGACUCUAGAGCAGAGAUUUCCCUGCUGCCCUUGGUGAAAACCUUGGUGAGGCAGAUUGUCCACCUGCAGCCUGUGGAGGACCCCACGGUGGACCAAGCUGGUGGAUGAGCGAAGAAGGUUUUGACUCCUUGGGAAGCACAUGCUGGAGCAAAUUAUUGGCAGAACCUGUGAGCCCAUGGAGAGAGAGAAGUCCAUGCUGCAGGAGAUUUGCUGGCAGGACUUGUAACUUCCAAUGCUGGAGCAGUCUGUUCCUGAAGAACUGCACACUGUGGAAGGGACGCACACUGGAGCAGGUUGUGAAGAUGUGCAGCUCAUGGGAGGGAUCCUGUUGGAGAAGUUAGUGGAGGACUGUCUUGCAUGAGAGGGACUCCAUGCUGGAGCAGUGCAAGAGUGAGGUGGAAGGAGCAGCAGAGACAAUGUAUGAUGGACUGACCACAUCACCCACUCCCUGUCCCGCUGCACUGUGGGAGAAAAGGUAGAAGAAAAUUGGGAGUAAAGUUAGGCCUGGGAGGAAAGGAGAGAUCGGGGGAGUUUUUUUCAAGAUUUGGUUUUAUUUCAUGUUAUCCUACUCUGAUGUGAUUUGUAAUAAAUUAACCUAAUUUCCCCAA